UUGGGGCGGAUCGGGCGGCUGCCGCGGCGGGGGAUAGAGGGGCCGCCGCCUCCCCCUGCCCCCACCGAGGUCCCGAGGGGAGGGGACCCCUAGGCGGGAGGCCUGUCCCUUUAAGGAGGCGGCCCUGCCUGGGUGUGCCCGUCUCCAUGGUUACCCCGGUGCAGGCGGCGGGCGCCGGAGGGAGGGAGGCUGCCGCCUCUCCCCGACAGACGGAGGGAGCUGCGGGAACCCGGCGCCGAACGGAGCCGAGCGGGAGCCGACCCGCGGCCGAAACGGGAGCCGCUGCUGCCGCCGCAGCCGCCGCCCUGAGCGGAAGGUGCGGAGAGCGCAGCGGGCGCCGAGCCGGGGGCCCGGGAUUCGUGGCGGCCAGGGACGCGAGAGGCCGCGCGCCAUGCUGCGGGCCCCGACGGCGGGACGCCCCCUCGCGCACCGGCUGCUGGCCGGGCCCUGCCAACCCGGGGUGGGCUUCGGCCUCCGACGGCUGCGCUAGCGGGCGCGGGGCCCGGCGGGGGGCGGCCGAGCUGGGCGCCCUCCCCCGGUGCUGAGCCCCCGCGCCCCGGAGGGAUGGGGCGGGCGGUUACGGCCGCCUAAGAUGCCGGCCAUGCUGACCCUGGCGCCGCAGAACACCUUCCUGGACACCAUCGCCACGCGCUUCGACGGCACGCACAGUAACUUCGUGCUGGGCAACGCCCAGGUGACGGGGCUCUUCCCCGUGGUCUACUGCUCUGAUGGCUUCUGCGACCUCACGGGUUUCUCCCGGGCCGAGGUCAUGCAGCGGGGCUGCGCCUGCUCCUUCCUCUAUGGGCCAGACACCAGUGAGCUUGUCCGCCAACAGAUCCGCAAGGCCCUGGAUGAGCACAAGGAGUUCAAGGCUGAGCUGAUCCUGUACCGGAAAGAGCGUCUGUCUUUGUGCCCAGGGCUCCCAUUCUGGUGUCUCCUGGAUGUGAUACCCAUAAAGAAUGAGAAAGGGGAGGUGGCCCUCUUCCUGGUCUCUCACAAGGAUAUCAGCGAAACCAAGAACCGAGGGGGCCCUGACAACUGGAAGGAGAGAGGUGGUGGUCUGCGCCGAUAUGGCCGGGGAGGAGCCAAAGGCUUCAAUGCCAACCGGCGGCGGAGCCGCGCUGUGCUCUACACCUGUCCGGGGCACCUUCAGAAACAGCCCAAGGAGCACAAGCUCAAUAAGGGGGUAUUCGGGGAGAAGCCAAACUUGCCCGAAUACAAAGUAGCCGCCAUCCGAAAGUCGCCUUUCAUCCUGCUGCACUGUGGGGCACUGAGGGCCACUUGGGACGGCUUCAUCCUGCUUGCGACCCUCUACGUGGCUGUCACCGUGCCCUACAGCGUGUGUGUGAGCACAGCCCGGGAGCCCAGCUCGCCCGCAGUGGCCCCCAGCAUCUGUGAUCUGGGCCUCCCACCCGGACUUCCUGCAGACAUCGUGCUGAACUUCCGUACCACGUUCGUGUCCAAGUCGGGCCAGGUGGUGUUUGCCCCAAAGUCCAUCUGCCUCCACUAUGUCACCACCUGGUUCCUGCUGGAUGUCAUCGCUGCUCUGCCCUUCGACCUGCUACAUGCCUUCAAGGUCAAUGUGUACUUUGGGGCCCACCUGCUGAAGACCGUGCGGCUGCUGCGGCUGCUGCGGCUGCUCCCGCGGCUAGACCGCUACUCCCAGUACAGCGCCGUGGUGCUCACCCUGCUCAUGGCCGUGUUCGCUCUGCUCGCCCACUGGGUGGCCUGCGUCUGGUUCUACAUCGGCCAGCGGGAGAUCGAGAGCAGUGCCUCAGAGCUGCCAGAGAUUGGCUGGCUGCAGGAGCUGGCCCGCCGCCUGGAGACGCCCUACUAUCUGGUAGGCCAGAGCCCAGCUUCGGGGAACAGCUCAGGCCGCAGCGACAACUGUAGCAGCGUCAGUGGGGAGGCCAAUGGGACCGGAUUGGAGCUCCUGGGCGGCCCCUCUCUGCGAAGCGCCUACAUCACCUCCCUCUACUUCGCGCUCAGCAGCCUAACCAGCGUGGGCUUUGGCAACGUGUCCGCCAACACGGACACGGAGAAGAUCUUCUCCAUCUGCACCAUGCUCAUUGGCGCCCUGAUGCACGCGGUGGUGUUUGGGAACGUGACGGCCAUCAUCCAGCGCAUGUACGCCCGCCGCUUUCUGUACCACAGCCGCACCCGUGACCUGCGCGACUACAUCCGCAUCCACCGCAUCCCCAAGCCUCUCAAGCAGCGCAUGCUCGAGUACUUCCAGGCCACCUGGGCGGUGAACAACGGCAUCGACACCACCGAGCUGCUGCAGAGCCUCCCCGACGAGCUCCGGGCAGACAUCGCCAUGCACCUGCACAAGGAGGUUCUGCAGCUGCCCCUGUUUGAGGCGGCGAGCCGCGGCUGCCUGCGAGCACUGUCCCUGGCCCUGCGGCCCGCCUUCUGCACGCCUGGCGAGUACCUCAUCCACCAAGGGGACGCUCUCCAGGCCCUCUACUUUGUCUGCUCCGGCUCCAUGGAGGUGCUCAAGGGUGGCACUGUGCUGGCAAUCCUAGGGAAGGGUGAUCUGAUUGGCUGUGAGCUGCCUCGGCGGGAGCAGGUGGUCAAGGCCAAUGCUGAUGUAAAGGGGCUGACCUACUGCGUCCUACAGUGUCUACAGCUGGCUGGGCUGCACGAGAGCCUUGCACUGUACCCCGAGUUUGCCCCACGCUUCAGCCGGGGCCUCCGAGGGGAGCUCAGCUACAACCUGGGUGCCGGUGGUGGCCCUGCAGAGGCAGACACCAGCUCCCUGAGUGGCGACAACACCCUUAUGUCCACACUGGAGGAGAAAGAGACGGACGGGGAGCAGGGCCCCGCAGUCUCCCCAGCCCCAGCUGAUGAGCCUUCCAGCCCCUUGCUGUCCCCCGGCUGCACUUCCUCCUCCUCAGCGGCUAAGCUGCUGUCCCCGCGUCGAACAGCCCCCCGGCCCAGGCUGCGGGGCAGAGGACGGCCGGGCAGGGCAGGGGCUUCGCAGGCUGAGGCUGGCCCCUCUGUCCACCCUCGAAGCUUAGAGGGUCUGCAGCUGCCCUCUGUGCCAUGGAACAUGCCCCCGGAUCUGAGCCCCAGGGUAGUAGAUGGCAUUGAGGACGGCUGUGGCUCUGACCAGCCCAAGUUCUCCUUCCGUGUGGGGCAGUCGGGUCCAGAGUGCAGCAGCAGCCCCUCCCCGGGGCCAGAGAAUGGCCUGCUCGCUGUCCCCCUCGGACCCAGUGAGGCAAGGAACACAGACACGCUGGAUAAGCUGCGGCAGGCGGUGACAGAGCUGUCUGAGCAGGUGCUGCAGAUGCGGGAGGGCCUGCAGUCCCUUCGCCAGGCUGUGCAGCAGGUCCUGGCGCCCCAUGGGGAGGGCCCUUGCCCUCGGGUGUCGGGAGAGGGGCCAUGCCUGUCCAGCGCCUCUGGGCUCUUGCAGCCUCUGUGUGUGGACACCGGGACAUCCUCCUACUGCCUGCAGCCCCCAGCUGGCUCUGUCUUGAGUGGGACCUGGCCUCACCCUCGCCCAGGGCCCCCGCCCCUCGUGGCCCCCUGGCCCUGGGGCCCCCCGGCAUCUCAGAGCUCCCCUUGGCCUCGGGCCACAGCUUUCUGGACCUCCACCUCUGACUCAGAGCCCCCGGGCUCAGGAGAACUCUGCCCUGAGCCUAGCACCCCUGGCUCCCCACCUGCUGAGGAAGGGGCUAGGACUGGGCCCCCAGAGCCCACGCACCAGGCCGAGGCUGCUAGCACUGGAGAGCCCCCGCCAGGGUCCGGGGGCCUGGCCUUGCCUUGGGAACCCCAUAGCCUAGAGAUGGUGCUUAUCGGCUGUCAUGGCUCUGGCACAGUCCAGUGGACCCAAGAAGAGGGCACAGGGGUCUGACUGCUGGCCCAGGAACUCAGUGUUGCCAGACAUGCUGUCAUCUGCUGCCCUGCCUGGCCUCGGGGCAGAGGGAGGGUGGCAGCCACCCCUGGACUCCGUGCUGCCCACUGGCUCAGGGCCCAGCCUCUGACUUUCAGUGGGCUGGAGCCUCAGGGGCAGCCCCCAGGCUGGGACUCUCUGGGCCCCUCCUCAGCCUACUCCUGUUUCCCUCUGCAGGAUGGGAGACAGAGGCCUGAGGCCAGGGAGGCAUUUAGUUAUCCAUCCCCUGCAUGUGUCCCUGCCUCACCAGUCCCAUUUUUUAUAUAAAAAAAAAAAUAAAUAAA